AUGGACAUCAUCAUGGCCACCAUCACGGGCAUCAUCAUCACCAUGGCCACCAUCACGGGCAUCAUCACCACCAUGACCACCACCAUGAUCAUCAUCAUGAUCACCACCACGACCAUCACCAUGGCCAUCAUCAUCACCAUGGGCAUCACCACCAUCACGGGCAUCAUCACGGACACCAUCACGGCCACCACCAUGGAAGUUCAAAAGAAGCCAAAAACGACUGCAAAACCAAAAACCUCUUUCACGACGCCCCACGAUGACUUCAACGGAAAUUUGCCACUAGGCGUUCCAGACACCAGAACUUUGAGCCGCGAUGGUUGUGCUGCACCAGAAGUCCUGGUAAAUGGAAGUUCAGUCCCUUCAGGUCCCGAAGAUUUUUCCACAGUGCAGGAAGUACAAUUUUUAGGUUUGUUGGGAGCUCGGCAGAGAAGAGUGUGCAAAAUCAAGUGCCUCAACGGUGUAUGGGUGGGCCCUAUCUGUACCGAAGAUGGAAAAACUGUUCAGCAAAUACUUCGCCGUUGUACGAUACGUCUGACAGAUGCGGAACUGGUGGGUGUGAUUUCUGACUCGGGGCGGAAUUUACCCCCAGAUGCCGAAGUCUCAUUAGCCCACGGGGCAGAGGUUCGGAUGCGAUGCUCAGAGCCAGGGCUCUAUAAAUUUGUUGGAAACGAUACUAUGAUGUGUGAUGAUGGAGAAUGGACUUCUGAUAUGCCGUACUGCGUUGCCACAACGAUGCAUAGAAAUUUUUCAUUGCAGGCCCCUCCAACUAUCCUAUACCAUGUUGUAUCGGGAGAUGCUGGCUUGACAGAAAAUGGCUCUAUUGUAGUAUUUCCUGGAACUAUAAUUAACAUUGAUUGCUUGUAUCAGAGACAGUAUGGAAAUCCUGUUUGGAGCUGGACACCUACACAUAGGCAAUACCCCAGCGCGUGGGCUAUACCUGCAGAAGAAAAAGGUUGGAAAUUCAGACUGUCCAUCUAUUAUGCGAAAGAUCACGAUUCGGGAACGUAUACUUGUACUACCCCUCAAGAAAUCAGUAAUGAAGUAAACAUCGUUGUAAAAGAUGUUCACUGUCCCGCCAUUCGCUCUGUGGACCACCACCGCGUGAUGGCCGUCGAAGGAAACAAGAUGCACAGCAAGGCUCGCUUCGCUUGUGUGGAGGGAUACCGAUUGGUCGGUCCGGAGGAAAUCACUUGCCAAGCUUCCGGUCAGUGGUCGGAGGAGGCACCUCACUGUGAAGAACUGAAAUGCCCACCCUUGGCAUCAGAGAGCACCCACUUAAUCAUGAGCACCAGAAAUAGAACUUAUGGAACAAGGGUUGUCUUCUCCUGCCCAACAGGUUUCAAACUUACCGGAGCUCCUUUCCUCAACUGUCUGAAGACAGCCAACUGGUCGGAUGCAACACCAACAUGCAGCCCCAUCACGUGCAAGCCUCCCGUCUCACCACUCAAUGGACGAGUGAUUGACACCGGUCGCUACCUUGCUGGUGAUUUCGUGCAGUACACAUGCAAUGCUGGUCACGUGAUCGUGGGAGAACCUGUUGCCAUCUGUACUGAUCAUGGUGUUUGGUCUCAAGCACCCCCCACAUGCAAAGCUGCGUGCGAAUUUCCGGGUGAACCUUCAAAUGGACGGGUUAUCCCGACGAAAUUUCAUUACGAUAUUGGCGAAGUUGUAGUCAUCGACUGCCACAAGGGUCACCGCGUACUUGGCUACCAAAGACUCAUGUGUUCUAAGAGUGGACACUGGUCAAGUGCUAUGCCUCACUGCAGACCUUACCAGCAGACGUAGGGCUGGUUGAAUGCCAAUCACAGCACAUUUUGACGCACAUGAAAGAUAAUGUCUGAACUGUUAAAAGUAUCUCAAAGUUUGUAUUUAAAACUCCACAAUUAAGAGCUACAGUAGAUUUUGGUUAAUACGAGUAACCUGAAACAGAAAGUAUAUUUAUGCCCAGUAUAUCUUUGCCAGUAGCCAGAAAUAAUUAAUAAUUUUAUUCUGGUUUUCUUAGCAAGUAUCAAGUAAGAAAAUUACUUCUUUAUUGUAUAUUGCAACAAAGGAAUUCCAGAAAUUUUUUUAAGCAGUAAUUGAAACACAGUAAUGUCGGCCACCUCCAAAAUAAGGCCACAACAAUGGAAUACAAAAACAUUUAGACAACCACAAUCAGCUAUAAAACCAAAUUGAGACACGGGAGUGCUAUGAUGCGAUGUCCCAAAAAAGUUCUUACGCAGCAAUUUUUGUCUCAUUUAGCCACAACAUUACACUAUUGCAAUUUUUUUAAAACAAUGACAAAUUUUUUCCCCAUUAAAUGUAGGUAAGGUACAUAUAUUACCAUUUGGAAAAUUUCGGAUAUUCAAUUGACAAAUUGGGAAGUUUCUCUCUCCCAAAACUGAAGUUUAGGGAGUUUCUGACGAGACACAUACAUAUUCAGUAAGUUACCGCCCUAUAGUUAGGGCUAAGGCAGAAAUACAUGAAAUACACCACCAGCUCAGUCGUUUCCAGCCGAGGACUGCAGUUUUGUGCUUAUUAGCACUCAUCAGCCCGGCAUAGGAUACAUAUUGCUUAGUUAAUGCAAUUGUUUAGUUAAUGCAUAAUUCACAUAGGCAGUAUUAAAUUUAAAUCUUGCCCAUCAUUAAAGCGACAUUUUGUUUUAGUGUUUCAACACAGGAUUUUCUAUUACUAGUUUAAAAACCAAGGGUUUUGGGAACUUGAGAUCCCCAAAAACUCCCUAUUUAUCCUCAAAAUUAAUCCCUAAGCAUUCCCUUGACUGCCCUUGCUUGUAACUAAAGGUUUGUUUCAGUCCCAGUUAAUAGAGCGGAAUUUCCUAACUUAUUACUGUUAAUUUAUUGUAAUUUCAUAUAGGUUCUACCUCAUAAAAUUAUCACUACAAAACAGCCUCGGAGAUAUUCUUCAUGCACUUUUUGCAUUUCCAUUGUUUUGUUCAAUCACAACAGAAGAUGGAGAUUUCAUUCAAGAUAUGGUGCAACAUUAUAGUAAAAAUUAUAACAUUUUAAACUGUGCACAACUGUGUAAGUCAGAGGUCAGAGUUGAAUUUUUAUAAUAAAAUAUAGUGAAUUUCUUCUGCUUUUUUUUUUUUUUUUUUUUUUUGGCCCAGUUGUUUUCAUUUGACCAAUUAAAAUCUCAAGUUACAUUGAAAAAGUAAAUAAAUUCAAAACUAUUUAAAUAGUCUUUCUCGUAUUGACCAAGAUUAACUGUAACUUAUAAAAAAUGUAGCAACGAAAGUUGCAAUUUGUAUGUUAAAUAAAAAGAAAUAUAGAAGAAUAUGGUCAGCCAGGGAAAAUUUUCUAAUUUUUUUUUUUUUUUUUUAGUUUGGUAAAAUUAAAACAUUUUUUUUUUUUUUUUUUGAAAAAGUCACUUCCAUAAGAAUAAGACAUCUAUGAAAACAAUAUUAAAAAUCAUGUAAUGAUUUAUAAUUUCCAAAAAAGAUGUAAACAGAUGUAAAUUUUUGCACUUCCAUUGAACUAGUAGUUAAUGUGUCGAACAAAAAUAAGUGUCAGCAUUUUGUGUACUUGUGAGGUAUGAAAUGAAAUGAGAAAAAGCGGGGCUCAACGGAGCCAAGCACUGCAACCAGAGGUUCAAUUGUACUAAACCCCAGACAAAAGUCUCUAGAGAUCAGUAACUGAAGCAAAUUUCAGCAAGAACCUAACGGGCAGGGGCAGAUACAAGAAAGUCAUGGAGGUCAUGACUCCCUUAAACCACUAACAUUAUUAUCCAACCACUUAGUGUUCAAAUACUUUAUGAAUAACACACAAACGAUUUGAGUAAUAUUUUCAAUUCUGUAAAUAUUUUUUUAAGCAAUUAUUUGAAAUACAACUUCCUUUCAUUGGUUAUAAAAUUAAUUAGUAACAAUUAAGUCAAACUAGGUCUUAUUUCUGGUUGGUCAUUUUUAUUGACAGCCAAGCACUUCCAGCUUUUUAUUCAUACCCAAAACCUUAUAUUCUUCAGUAUGACCACCCUUGAUAGUCUGUAUCCGCCCCUAAUAAUGGGAAUGUCAUGAAUUUCCCUAAAUUCAAUUACAUAUUGACCUAAGUAAUCAAAAACAUCAUUACAAUCACAUAAGAAGUAUCAGUUUUCCUUAUUAACAAGGUAACCUUUACAAGUACGAUCAUUAAUGACAACCCUAAUAGCAAUAUGACAUAUAAAUGUGCAGCAACCAGUAAGAAGUCCAAUUCACUUCCUCCUGCUAUUUGUAUUAAAUUUCAAGAGUUCUUUUAAUGUGAUGACGACAGGGAAAAAGGGAUUAAGUUCCUUAGCUUGAUGUUGUCCAUCCAUAUUAUGCCAGUUACAAUACUAAUUUACCUUAAAACAAGUAGUUCUAAUAAGAUUCUUUGAAAUCCCAGUUGCUGACUCUGGGUCAACAAAAGGAGUACCAGAGCCCUUCCUAGCAAUGCAAUUUGCUAUUACACUACCUUUGACAUCCAAGCACCAAAAUAUCCAAUACAGAAUGACUUUACUAAGGUUCACAAGAGGGCAAAGCAUAUUCUGGCAUUUUCAAACUAUGAGUUAUUUAAUACUCAUAUGGUAUAAAGGUAAGUGCAAACAUUUACCUUCAAUUAAAGAAAUGCUGUUAUAUUGCCUUCUUUUAAAAUCAGAUGAUUUAUGAAAUUGCUUUGACAUUAGGGAAAACGUUUUCAUUUUAGUACAAUAGACCUCUGGUCAGUGCUCAAUUCUGUUGAAUCUCAAGGGGACAGGUAUAAACACUUGAAAAAUUUCCUGCAUUUGGAUUUUUUUUCCAAAUCAACUAUUUUUUGAAGGUACAAAAUAUUUAACCUGGGGAAAACUGAAAGAAAAGAGCUGAAAUUGCAAUACCAAAUGCAAUGACAGUGAUAUCAUUGAAACAACAAAGCAUUCAUUCAAAGAACAUUUUUCUUUUGUAUACAUUUUACAAGCUGUUAUACAAAAUCCAUGCAUUUAAGUUAAUUUUGCUUAGUAUCCUAUGUAUUUAAAACAUUGCACCAAACUUGAUUUUUAAGCAUUUCCUCAACUCCUAACAAAUUUCAUGCUACCCACAGGUUCCCAAAUAUGGUAGCUAAGUAAUUUUAGAUACAGAAAAUGGCCUCACUUUUUAUUACUUGUUACAACAUGCAUGUCAAACUAAUUUUCCUUAUGAACAAAACAUAUUUUGCACCUUGCAAGAAAAACUGAGAAUGAACUGGAAAUAUCCAGUACCUGUUUCUUUUUUUUUUUUUUUUAAACAAUCAUUAAAAUAAAAUUAAGUUUUUAAUU